GUCAACCAUCUUCGCAAGAAGAACACCAACCAUCCAACCAAUCAACCUAUAAACCAACAAAUCCUAGCAAAACCUUCGCUUCUCUUGCCGAGUUUGCAGUAAAAGUUUCGUGUGUGUUUUGUACUAAACCCAAGCAAGUGACUACACAAAAUGAAGUGCUUUACCACAGUUGCGCUGCUCGUCUGCCUGGCCGCCUGGACGCAAGCGGAGCCACCAGUGCCCCAGAACCAGUAUCUGCCACCCAACCAAUCGCCCCAGGCGCCUACCAACAACUACUUGCCACCCACGCAGAGUUAUCAGUCGCCCUCGAACAACUAUUUGCCACCCCAGCGUGCUGGCAAUGGUAACGGUGGCUCGGCGCCCAGCAACAGCUAUGGCGCUCCUCUGCCCAACAGCCAGUAUGGUGCUCCCGCUUUGACCGGUGCGAUCUUCAAGGGACAGAACGGCGGCAACGGCAAUGGCGGCUAUGGCGGCGGCAAUGGCUACGGACAGGGCGAUGAGGAGCAGUAUGGACCAGCCAAAUACGAGUUCAAAUACGAUGUCCAGGAUUACGAGUCGGGCAACGAUUUCGGUCACAUGGAGUCUCGCGAUGGUGAUCUCGCUGUCGGUCGCUACUACGUUCUGCUGCCCGAUGGCCGCAAGCAGAUUGUCGAGUAUGAGGCCGAUCAGAACGGUUAUCGUCCAACCAUCCGUUACGAGCAGGUUGGCAAUGGCAAUGGCAACGGUAAUGGACGCAACGGCAAUGGCGGCGGUUAUGAUAGCAACGCGCAGCAGGGCAAGUUCAAUGGCUACCAAUAAGGAGAGUGCUGAAAGGCGUAUUACCUUCUAGUGUUUUCCAGCAUUUUUAAGUCGACCCCUGUGUAACUAUACUUGUCUAUCGCUAACCUAGCUGAGUAUUAACUGUAAAUGUAACUGGUGCUGGCGGCGAUUACAGUUUGACAUGCACUUGCAUGUCAGGCCACCCUAUCUUUCUAUCUAGCUCUCUCUCUCUCUCACACUCCCUCUCUUUCGCACUGUUCUUGCCCAUAUUAUUUGCUUUUAGUGCAACGCCGCCAUUUUGCCAUAGCCAGGCGCGUUCCAAAUGUUUCCACAGUUCCCACUGUUCCCCAUGCCUGUUCCAUGUCUCACUUUGUAUUUUUGCCGUUGGUUUUGUUAAGCGCCUUCAUUUUGUGUCAGUCCACCACAGACACACAGAACACACACAAACAAACACGCACACCAUACACCACCACCACCAUACCAUGACCAUCUCACACACAUACAUCUAUACAUAUACAUAAGCAAUUGUAUUUAAUUUUAAUGAAUUUUUAUGAAAAAUGCAUUGGAGCCCAAUUCGACAGCAUGAAAAUGUGUACGAAAAAGACAUAUGAGAUUUUUUGUGUAUAAAUAAUGAUAAUAUGAAUAAAGAAGCAUUUUUGUAUAAAACAAAGAACA